AUGUCCGACCUCCAGCCGGUCGCGCGCAAAAUCUAUGACUCCUGCGGUCACGACCACCAAAAACUAUACGCAGCAAAUGAACUGCUACCCUUCGUCCCCAGCCGUGAUCAACAUGAACUGGUAGCGGCCAUCAACGAACUUCUCGGGCGCGGUUAUCUCAGAACAUUAAAACAAGGCGAUGCCUAUGUCUACAAGUUUGUCAGUAAAGAUGAGGUUGAUAGAACUCGAAAUUUAACUCCCGACGAAGCCCUUGUCUACCAACAUAUCGAAUCUGCCGCUCGCGAAGGAAUCUGGUCUAAGACCCUCAAAGCCCGUACAAACCUACACCCAACGGUCCUAACCCGAUGUCUAAAAACCCUCGAAACCCACCGAUACAUAAAAUCCAUCAAGUCUGUAAAAUUCCCUACAAGGAAAAUAUACAUGCUAUGGGAUUUAACCCCAACAAUCGAAGUCACGGGAGGACCAUGGUUCACAGAUGCAGAACUUGAUGCAGAUUUCAUCAAUGCUUUAUUAGUCGCUAUCGAACGUUUCGUUACCGCUAGAAGUUUUCCAAAACAAAAACCUGGGGUUGCAGGAAUGGUAGUGGUGUUCGAGGCGGGUUAUACGGGGUAUCCUACGUUAUCGGAUAUUACACAAUGGGUCAAAAACAGUAAUUUGACGGAAGUCGAGUUAUCGGAGGCCGAUAUAAAAGCGCUCUUGGAAGUUUUGAUUUAUGAUGGAAAGUUGGAAAGGGUUAUUGGAGGAACAGCAUAUAAGGCUAUUAGAAAGGUGGAAGGGGCGGUAAAACAGGGUGUCACAGAAGCGCCAUGCGGACGGUGUCCCGUGUUCGACCUGUGUAAUGAAGAUGGACCUAUCAAUGCGGCAAACUGCGUAUAUUUUGAGAAAUGGUUGGCGGAGAUAUAA